AUGGAAGCUCGCUCCCAGCCAUCUUCUACAUUUGAUAUGUCGCAAGUCGUCUGGGCUCCUUUGGAAUCAAAUCCUGCUACUAUCAACACUUAUCUCUCCAAAAUUGGAGUCAAAGGAACUGAAUGCGUUGAUGUUUUUUCUUUCGAUGACGAUGUUCUGCAAUUCAUUCCCAAGCGACAACUCGCAAUGAUUCUUUGUUUCCCGGAAUACAAGAAAGUUGAUGAAAUCAUGAAUCCUAUUUAUGAGAAUUUGAAAAAAGAAGGAAAAACUGAAUUCCCUGAUGUCUUCUUUAUGAAACAGAAAAUAUCAAAUGCAUGUGGAACGUUUGCCUUGUUCCACGCCCUGGCUAAUCUUGAAGGACUUGUGGACCUGGGAACUGGCUGUUUCGCAGAUUGGCUUAAACAAGCUAAGGGUGCAAGCGUCGAUGAGCGAUCAGAUCUGCUCGCUAAAAACGAAGCCUUGGCUACUGCUCACGCUGAAACGGCUCAACAAGGCGAAUCAUCUCAACCUGAGAGUGUUGAGCACCAUUUCAUUUGCUAUGUGAACAAGAACGGAAACCUAUAUGAACUCGAUUCAAGAGCACCGUUCCCGAGACUGAUUGGAACAACUACACCAGAAUCUUUGGUUAAGGAUGCAGGUGCUGCUUGUAAACACCUGAUGGAUAAAUUGAGCAACACUUCGUUCGCUGCCAUGGCAUUGGUAAAUAACUAA